AUGAGUGGCGGCCUGGUGAUCAUCGCCGGAUCAGUACCUCUAGAGAAGAGACCCGCUCUUAUGGGACUGGUCAUCGGACUUGCAAACUCUGGGAGCGUUUGCGGUCCUGUUCUUGGCGGAGUCCUUACCGACUAUGCCAAUUGGCGUUGGACAUUCUACAUCAACCUCCCGAUAGGAGGCGCCGUCUUUCUGUUUCUGGCAUGGUGCGAGAUUCCCGAUCAGGUGCCGAAACCGAGUCCUAUGGCGGUCAUUGCGAAAUUGCACACGUAUCUAGAUUUUAUCGGUUUCUUGUUGUGUGCUGGUGCUGCGGUCCUAUUUCUCACGGCCCUCGAGCUUGUUGGGAUCGAAUAUGCUUUUAACAGCCCCACGAUAAUAGGACUGUUCUGCGGCUCUGCUGUGGCUCUUUCAACGUUCUUGGCUUGGAACUAUCGAAAAGGAGAUGAAGGGCUGAUCCCAUCAUCAAUGGCCGGUAAGAGGCCCGUCUGGUCCGCUGCUGCUACCAACUUUACAUUUGUUGGCUCGGCGAUGAUCCAGAUCUACCUUCUCCCGCUCUACUUCCAGGCUGUCCAAGGCGCCACGCCGGUCCAGAGCGGGAUCAACGUUUUGCCAAGCAUCUUGUCACAACUAGCUUUUGCCUACGGCGGAGGCGUACUAGUCGGUAAGUUCGGGUAUUAUUUGCCGUGGGCUAUUGCAGGCACAACGGCAACGAUUAUUGCUAGCGGCCUGUUCACGUCACUUAUACCGACAACUUCGGUGGCCCAGUGGGUUGGUUAUCAAAUCCUCACGGGCGGUGGACGAGGCAUUGUUUUACAACUGCCAAGCAUUGCUAUUCAGGCGAACUUACCUCCGGAGCAGAUCUCAAUGGGCAUAAUAUUUGUUACAUUUUCGCAAUUCAUGGGGUCUGCUGUGGCUCUGGCAGUAGGUAACGCCAUUUUUACCGGGGCGUUGAAGCAAGACCUUGCUCAAUUUGCACCAAAUGUCGAUGCGUCAACGGUGCUAAAGGCCGGAGCCACCGGUUUCCGUAAAGUCGUAGCCGAAAAGGAACUGCCGGGAGUGCUCAUGGCAUAUGUAUCGAGCAUCGAUAACGAGUUCUACCUAUCCCUUGGUCUGGCUAUAGCAUCAUUCUGCUUCGCGUGGGGUAUGGGGUGGAAAGACAUUCGGCCAAAAAAGAAAUAGGCACAUGCAGUCAACAAGCGAGAAAAAGACAAUGACUCGAA